AUGAACAGUGAUAAUGACAAACUACCUAAAUUACCCAUACCCGAACUACGUGACACUUGUCAACGUUACCUUCGAGCAUUAGAAGGACUCCAAGAUCCUGAUGAACAUUCUCGUACUAGAUCUGUGGUGGAAGAAUUUCUGAAUAACGGGGAAGGUGAAAAAUGGCAGAAAAGGUUGAAGGAAUAUGAUCAAGGUGUUGAUAGUUAUAUCGAAGAGUUUUGGUAUGAAAGUUACCUCUCUCAUGCUGAUUCGGUGGUACUUAGUCUUAACCCAUUCUUCGUAUUAUCCUCCGACGUCACUCCUCGUGUUCAUCCACAAUUAUCAAGAGCAGCCUCGCUCAUCCUUUCCUCCUUGAGUUUCAUUCACGAUCUCAGAAAUGGGUUGUUGCAACCAGACUCAGUACGGGCCAUACCGUUGGACAUGAGUCAAUAUGAAAGGUUAUUCGGGACAUGCAGAGUACCAACUGAUCGCGGAUGCAGGAUGCAAGUACACAGCGAUAGCAGACAUAUAGUCGUCAUUCGACGUGGUCAAUUUUACUGGUUCGACUGUUUGGACUCUAAGAACAGACCGUUACUCAGUGACCGGGAGAUCUUUUCUAACCUCGAGGCUAUAGUCAAGGAUGCGGAUAAGACGCCUGUCUUACAGGUUGCCCAAAACGCCCUCGGUAUCCUCACCACUGAAUCCCGUAAAAUAUGGUCAUCUCUUCGCACAGAACUCAUCAAAUCGAAUAAGUCAAACGCCACCAGUUUGGAUAUGGUCGAGUCCGCUUUGUUCGUCGUGUGUUUGGACGAUUACGAGCCUGAGGAUUUGGCAGAGUUAUGUGGGAAUUUCCUUUGUGGGGGUUAUAAACUUGAUGGUGGAGUUCAAAUUGGGACUUGUACGAACAGAUGGUACGAUAAACUCCAAAUCAUAGUUUGUUCGAAUGGCGAAGCAGGUAUAAAUUUCGAACAUACAGGAGUGGACGGUCAUACUGUUCUUCGUUAUGCCGCUGAUGUAUAUACCGAACUUGUUUUGUUAUUUGCCAAGACAAUCAACCCCUCCACCCCCUCCCUCUUUCACUCCAAACCUUCCCCUUGGGCUAAAAACUCAAAGACAAAACCUUCGAAAGACGAAACGGAAGAAGAUAUAGAUACAUCUCCUCGGAAGCUUGAAUGGCGUCUAACUUCCGAUCUUCGUGCUGGAGUCCGAUAUGCCGAGACGAGGAUCAGCGAUUUGAUUUGUCAGAACGAUAGUCAAGCUUUGGAAUUCAAAGGUUAUGGAAGUACGUUCAUCAAGCGACAUGGGUUCAGUCCGGACGCUUUCGUUCAAAUGGCUUUCCAAGCUGCUUAUUAUGGAUUGUACGGUCGAGUGGAAAGUACCUACGAACCAGCAAUGACUAAAGCUUUCCUUCAUGGACGUACGGAAGCUAUACGUACUGUACAGCCUGAAAGUGUAAAGUUUGUCAAGACUUUUUGUAAUGAAGGUCCUACUGCACAAGAAAAAAUAUCAGCGCUGAGGACGGCAUGUAAGAGACAUGUUCAAUUGACAAAGGAAUGUUCAGCUGGGCAAGGACAAGAUCGUCAUCUCUACGCAAUGUACUCCCUAAUCCAACGUGAUAUAGCUCAUUCCACUCCCAAUGGCCACUCGGAUGGUGAGACGGAUAAAAUCACCGUUCCAGCUAUAUUCACCGAUCCGGGAUAUCAAACUCUAGGUACGAGCGUAUUGUCAACUUCUAAUUGUGGGAAUCCCGCUCUGAGGUUGUUCGGAUUUGGACCUGUCACUCCGGAGGGAUAUGGGAUAGGUUACAUAAUCAAAGAAGAAGGUAUAUCAAUUUGCAUGUCUUCAAAACAUUUACAAACCCGUCGUUUACUCUCAACACUUCAAGCAUACCUCGUAGAAGUCCGUAACAUGCUGGUACAAUUAUGGAAAGAAGCGAAUGAACGUCCACAAGCAUUUAUGGAUCAUACGGGUGUGAUGAGGGAUGCGAGGACUGGGAAACCUAUUGUUGAGGAAGAAGAAGAGGAUAAGGAUGAAGAGAUGAUGGGAGGAUUUGGAUUCUUCGAUGUUGGUGCACAAGAUGUAGCUCCUCAAGCUAGGAGACGUAGACCUCAAAUAGGGAAAACUUUGUCAAUUGCAGAGUAUUGA